AUGAGACUUUGCGCUCGUUGAAGGCGGAAGUGGUUUCGUGGUGGAAAAAAGUUCUCAUAGUUGUUUUCAUGCCAGUGUAGAAAAAAGUCACGCUUCAGUCGUUUCUCGCCUCUUGUGAGACUUUGUUGAAGCCGUUUGAAGACACCAAAGGGACCAGUGCCUCUUAAGAAUGGGGAGCGAACCAGGCCCAGUUCAGAUCGUCACAGUGUGUAAGGAGGAACACUCCUUCACUUUGGACACCGAGGCUCUGACUCGGGUUCUGCUGGAUCCCAAGGUCCGAGACAAACAUGUGGUGGUGCUGUCGGUGGCCGGAGCCUUCAGGAAGGGCAAGAGCUUCCUGCUUGAUUUCAUGCUCCGCUACAUGUACAGAAGGGGCGAUGAAAACUGGCUGGGUAAUGAUGAUGAGCCGCUCACUGGAUUUUCUUGGAGAGGAGGUUCAGAACCAGAGACAACAGGCAUCCAGCUGUGGAGUGAGGUUUUCCCCGUCACAAAGAGCGAUGGAACAGAGGUGGCAGUAGUGUUGAUGGACACUCAGGGAGCCUUUGACAACGAGUCCACGGUGAAGGACUGCGCCACCAUCUUUGCCCUCAGCACCAUGACCAGCUCAGUACAGAUCUACAAUCUGUCACAGAACAUACAAGAGGAAGAUCUGCAGCAGCUACAGCUGUUCACAGAGUAUGGUCGUCUUGCCAUGGAUGAGAUCUUUCUGAAGCCCUUUCAGUCUCUGAUGUUCCUCAUCAGGGACUGGAGCUUUCCCUAUGAAUACAAGUACGGCUUUAAAGGAGGCGAGGAAUUCCUGGAUAAACGGUUACAGGUCAGCGAGACCCAACAUGAGGAGCUGCAGACAGUGAGGGAACACAUCCAUUCAUGCUUCACCAACAUUUCCUGCUUCUUGUUACCUCACCCUGGGUUGAAGGUCGCCACCAGCCCUGUUUUUGAGGGACAGCUUAGUGCUGUUACCCCGGAGUUCAAAGAGCAGCUGAAGAGCCUGAUCCCCAAACUGCUGCAUCCCGAUCGACUGGCUGAGAAAGAAAUCAAUGGAAACAAAGUCACUUGCAUGGGCCUGCUCGAAUUCUUCAAGGCUUACAUCAAGAUUUACCAGGGAGAAGACUUACCACAGCCAAAGACUAUGCUCAUGGCUACAGCAGAGGCAAACAACCUGGCAGCCGUGGCAGCAGCCAAAGAUCUGUAUAACAAGAACAUGGAGAAGGUGUGUGGGGGAGACCUGCCCUACGUGGCUCCUGACACUCUGGAGGAAAAGCAUCAAUUCUUCUUUAAAGAGUCUCUCCACAAUUUCUCCUCUACCAAGAAGAUGGGUGGACAAGAGUUUUGUGACCGUUACCAAGCACAGCUGGAGAGUGAGCUGGAGGAAAUGUGGAAGUCACUCAGCAAGCACAAUGAGUCAAAAAACCUCUUCAGCGCCUUCCGGACACCUGCAGUGCUGUUUGUCCUGGUGUGCCUCCUCUACGUGCUGUCAGGUAUACUGCUCUUCGUCGGCCUGUCUACCUUCGCCCUGGUGUGUGACUGUACUCUGGGUGUGGUCAUGAUGUCCAUGCUGACGUGGGCCUUCAUCCGCUACUCAGGUCGGUACCGGAAUGUAGGGGGAGCCAUCGACCAGGCCGCAGGCGUCGUCCUGGAACAGGCCACGGUGGUGUUGAACAAGUCGAGAGGCACAGGCGCCGGUGACCAGAAGAAAUCCAGUUAGAGGACCUCUGAGCCUUUGUAAUCUUGAUGCAAUGCUACCAGCGCACAACACAAGCACACAUUCAGAACUAAAGCCUUAUCAUGCCACCCACAAACAAACAUGCAGCUAAACCACAUUGGCAGUACAAACAUGAUGCCAAUUCACCAGCAUCUUUAUUAUGCACAUUACUUGGCCUGUUAAAGUCCAGGCUUGGUCAGAGGUGACUGAGGCAGGGGGUUAAAGCAUCCAGAUCCCUCGUAUUGACACUUCCUGUCUUAAAUUGGCACUGCCAUCAUUUAAAAGUUUACAAUUGGUAUUAAUAGACGAGUCGAUGUUUACCUUUAAACUUAUAAAACACUUAGUUGGUUGUAUAUUGUUUGAACAGGGGGAGUCAGGGUGAUUUCCAGACAAAGCUUCUGCAGUAUAUCUUAUUACCUUUAAAAAGUGCUGGCUUUAAAGCUUCUACUUUAUACAUAUUUCUUUGUGGCGAUAUGUUUUUACUUUGUGGCCUUAAAAACAUUCCAUUCUGUUUGUAGAUUUGCUUUAUUUUUUAUAUAAACCAGCAUUUUUAGAAGGGUGAAACUGUCACUGCUUUGAAAAGACAAGAGGAUAGGCACUUUCUUUAUAGCACAGUAGAGUUUUGGAAGCAGCAUGUAAUGGGAGCUUAGUCAAAUCUCAUUUGUUUCAAGUGCUUUGCCAUUUAUUCCUUGAUGGAAAUGUGUUACACUUUGUAGAUUUUGAUAUUAUAUAUACGAGACUCUUCUAGUGUAAUAAUAUAUAGGAACCUAUAUUCUGCAACAUUUUCCAGCUCCAAAGAUAAGAUGACAUUAUUGGAAUACUCAAAGGUGUUGAACGCACUACAUAAUAGAAAUAGCGACCAGUCAGCCAAAGAGUUAGCUUUAAAUGUUUGAAUUAUACUUCGGCCUGCGAGUGUUACACUUACAUGGGACAAAUAACAAGCAGGAUGUUUACACAUACAGAAAGCACAAGCAAUAAGCAGUAAAAACUUAUAGAAAUGAAACCUAUUGGCUGUUUUAAGUCUGCAGUACACAGGGACAGAUUAUGUUAUCAUUUGUGGUCGUCAAAAAAUCUUACAAGGGACAUACACCUGAAAUCAUGAACACAUAUUUUCCUCUUACCUGUAGUGCUCUUUAUCAGUCUAGAUUGUUUUAGUGUGAGUCGCAGUGUUGGAGAUAUCAGCUGUAGAGAUGUCUGCCUU